AUGUCUUAUGCACCUCGUGACCGAGUUUUUGCCAAAGUCAGAGGUUUUCCACAUUGGCCUGCAAGGAUCAAUAUUGUUCCAGAGGGAGUAUCCGUCCCUAAAGGCAAAUAUCCUAUCUUUUUUUAUGGUACACAUGAGAUCUACUGUCUAGCUCCCAAAGACAUCUAUCCCUAUGAAAAGUGGAAGCAUAAGUAUGGCGUUCCGAAGAAAAACAAUCCUCUCUUUGGAAGGGGGCUGGAGGAGAUUGAACAGAAUCCUGAUGUUCUUCUAUUAGGAACGGAUCCGGCUGCGGAGAAUUUUUUUUCACAAUUUUAUCCAAAAAAGUCAUCUAAAGUCUCAUCGCCCAAAAUCAAAUCUUCCAAAUCAGACGUUUCUAGUGAGUCUCUAAAGCCAUCGCUGAAUUCCCAGGAUCCCCACUCAGUUGAUCUUGAUGUCACACAGGACCAGUCGAUCACUGAUUCUCUACUCACAAAACAAACACCUAAACGCCCUGUUCGCAAAUCAAGCAUAUUCCUUUCAUUCUUUGCUUCUCACUUUUUAGCAUCAGCUCCAUCAGUAGCUAAACAUCCUAAACAAGCCAGUACGUCGUCUGGUAGAAGCUCUAGUGAAUUGAAUUCUAGCAAACAGAAAGAAUCUCGCGACGAUGAGUAUUCAAGGGUGGUGGAUGAGAUACAGGUCAGCCAAAACGAACUGCCCGCUACCACACCAUCGGGUAGACCUAUGCGAAAAUCGGCAGCUAAGGCUGUAAUGGGUAAACCUUAUAAAUACACACUUUUUGGUUCCACCUCUGGUGAAUCAUCGGGUGCUCCUCCUUCAGACAGCUCGACAGUACCUUCUACUGCUGAAACUGAAGCGGCACAGUCUCAGAAAUUGGCAGCUCCGUCUACUCAGAAACCAACGAAGGGAGAAGAAAAAUCGGUAGAACAUCCUGAAAUGAAGAUCGCCACCAAAACCUCUGUAUUGCCCCCUACAGAACCUUUGUCAUCGCCGUCUUGGGAAGACCGAAAGGAAGCAACAACCCGACGUAAAGAAAAGGCGUCUGGUGAGAAAAUAGAGAGGAAGAGAGCUCGACUAUCUUCCCAGCCUUCGUCUCAGCGUCCAAAUCGAAAGUCACAUACUUCCCACGCCGAAAAACCCCCAAUGAAGGUGUCGAAUCGUGGCUUGAUGAAUAUCGAUCCCGUUUUCUCUAACUUCACAAAUGAGUAUCUUACAGAGUUCUCUGUCAAUGUGCUUGUUUGCAAGACAGGGGUCGCAUUUUGGAUGCUUAUUCGCGUGUCUAUGACGCCCGAGGAAUUGAAAGCACGUUUGAAUAAUCGUCUCAAUCCACAAAAUGGAGCUAAGCAACUGAAUGGUGAAUUAGAUACUGAGACCAAGCUUCACCAAUGCUAUCUCGGGAUAAAGAAGAGCUUAAUACGUGGUCAUGAGAAUCUUUCUGCUUGCAUCCAACGCAUGGAAGUUGUUGAAAAUUUGCCCCUCACUCUUCCUAUUCUUGUAAAGUGCUCUCCUAUAAUAGAAACUAUCAAGAAGUGCACGCGCUACACUCGGUCGGAAGGAGUGAAAAUUAAUGCAAUGCGGCUUCACAAUAAAUUUUUAAGCAUCUAUGAGAAUGCAACUAAGGAGGAGACGAGAGAAGCACAGGCUGUUCUGGCCCUAGCGAGACAAAAUUCUUCCAACCAAAGCGCACCUGCUACUGUAGAAGCUAUUUUUGCCCAUAAUGACUCCAGUUCUAAUUCCGCUUCUACUCGACAGAGUGAUCAGACUCCACCCGGUCGGUCUGCAGAUGCUGAUAAAUCUGAUCCUGCUCCACCUACGCCUAAGGAACCUGUUCAGCAUCCUCCUCGUGUACAUCCACCUGUAGUUUUCCCACCAGCACCUUCUCCUCUUCAAAUCUCUUAUCAAGAUGCUCCCCUUUCUCCCUCUGCGCUUAUCAAAUCGGAUUCUGAAGGCUUGGCUGUUUCUGAUAAUGAAUCUCCGAGAAGUGAUUUGUGUUAUCAGCGACCACUUCCUCCACCCCAUCCUAGUUCUCGAGAGAUUAUAGACUCUGUUAGGCAGGCUUUUUCCCAUCAUACUACUAACACAGUAGGCCACAUACAACCCCCCGUUGUUGCCAUUCAACCGCCAAUACCAGAUAACUAUGAUCCCCGGCCUCGGUGUACCUCAUCUCAGCCCCUUCCCAAUUUUAAUCCCUUUCGUGGUGAAGUAGUAGAAGAGCUAUCACCACCGAUGCGGGAUGUUUCAGACAAUCGCCGUCCCAGAGUACCGGGGAGAGAACGACCUAGGAGCCCACAUGCUUUACCACAUCCUUUGGAGCAUUAUCAGAGGUUCCUGAAUAGCGGAGAGCCUCAGCAGUCACAGCCUAGACAAUCGUUUCCACAGUCUUCUCAACCGUCUGUAGAUUUGGAUUCAAGAAUAGCUCAACUAUUGGGUCAUUCACAACAAAGAGGCGUGGAGCAGCACCAUUUCGUUGAAAAUCCUCCUUCCGGUUCUCAUCAAUAUCACCAGGCUCCACAACCUCAUUCUACUUCCCUUCCUCCCAUUAAUCUCUUAUCUUCCUCGCAUCCCUCUCUACAACGGCCCUCGUCUCAGAACACUGUGAGGGGGUCAUAUGGGCUACCACCUAUGCAACCGCAACCACAACCGCAGCAUUUAAUGGCACCACAAAUGCCUCCCCUACAGCCAAUUAUGUACCCUUCAGUUUCACCACAUCCUUCUGCUUAUCCCCCUACUCAAAUGAUGACUGUCAGGCAUCCUGUUCCUCCACAACAUCCCUAUCCUCAAUCACAGAGCAUGGCUAUCGCCCCUGAUGGCUCACAACAGUGGCAUCAUAGUCAGAUGGGGUAUCAUGGUGCGCCUGGGUCGGAUGGCUUGUACGGACAGCAAAGAGAGGGAAGCGAUUGUGGACCAUAUUAA